AUGAAGCAUGCACCAGUCGUUCCCCCCACGAUCUCCGCCCCGAUUCAACACCAUACUCACACACAUCACCGCGAAAAAGUCCACUUCGCCGGCUCUCCACCCCCACCACCAUACAAAUCCCGCUCCUCCUCCUCGAGCAGCACCUCCUCCACCCGCUCCUCUGACCCACCCACCACACCUGUGGACCUGCACUCACGCGCUCUCCACCUGCUCGACACGCUCUACAACAAGCACGACCUCGCCUCCGCCCGGCCACUCAUCCACCCGGACGUCUCCAUCUCGCACAACGACGACGCCGCCAUGGCCAGCCGCGACGAGUACCUGGCCUACUGGGCGCGCCGCACCAAGCGCGUGCCGGAGCUGAGGGCCAAGUGUCGCGAGUGCGCCGUGGACGAGAGCCAGCGCAAGGUCUGGGUGGUCAGUGAGAUCUACACGGAGCCCGCAGAGGAGGUCGCGACGCUGGGCGUCGAUAUGCCCGCCACUACCACCGCCAAGAGACCAGGUGGGUUGCAGAGGCGGAAGGAGAGUGUGGACAUGCUGUGGUUCGAUGAGGCGGGUCGCUUGGUUGGUGGGUGUGAUUGGGUCAGGAGCGUGAGGAGGAGGGAGGACGAUGACUAG